UGUUUCCCUUAGGGGACGAGAAGAGAAGACGGCAGCGCAGCAUCUUAUUUUGCGUUCAGUAAACUGUGCGCGUGGUAUGUAGCGGAGCAUCUGCGCAAGGAGCACGGCGCACCUGAGUUUAAUAUAAUAUUUAUAGUCCGCUAUUUAUAAAGAAAAAUACAUAUAUUUUAGACUACAGGAAAAAAUAAAAUAAAAUGUGUAAAAAGCCUAUUUCAACUGGAAACAGAAUAAAAUAACAACUUAGGCCUUUCUUAUUUUAAUUCAUUGGCACUUGGACCUAUUUUGUCUAGCCUUUACAUUGGAUUAUGGUGCUGAUAUUUUCGCAAACCAUUGCAUAGAGCGGGAAUGAGUCGAAUCCUUCCCCGCCCAAAUUCUGGUUGAUUUGGGAAGUAUUUGCGCCUAGACAGUGCUGUAGCGCAACCGACAGCCAGUAGUGGCCAGCAGCAAACAGCAGCAGCUACAGCGGUGGAUGUAGGAUCAGAGUCGGGGCGAAUCUAGGAUUCACUGUCAGAGGGGAAGAAGAGCAGAGGACUCUCUCAACGUUCUGAAUCAUGGCUACUGAAACCGUGUCCCCGGCGUGCACUGGAUCCAGUUUGCUGCAACCCAUAAGCGAAAUCAUCAAUCUUCCUCUCGACCAGGGUAGCAGAGCUGCAGAUCAGAUGAUGGGGAUUGGCUUUCAGUGCGGCGAUGAUGAGCUGGAUCAGAGGGGACGGACUGUCUGACUCCGAGCUGGACCACCUCCCAGUCUGGUGACCUUUGAUCCUGAGAGUGAGGGAGAGCACGGGUGUCCCCUCUUGUAUCCCUGCCAGCUCAUCGGUCAACUUUGUGGUGUGCCAGUUGUUUGCCCUGUUGACUGCCUUCGGGUUCCGUCUGUAUCUCCACCCCAGUAAGACCAGCCCCUUUGUCAGACAUGUGGUGGCCACCCUACUGGGAUUCUACUUUGCUCUCUUCUGCUUCGGCUGGUAUGCUCUCCACUUCCUGGUCCAGAGUGGGCUCACCUAUGGCAUCAUGAUCCUCACUGGAGUAGAACACAUGCACAAGUACUGUCUGGUGGUGGCCCUGGGCUAUCUCAGCUUCUGUCAGAUCACACGCGUGUACGUCUUUGACUAUGGCAUGUACUCUGCUGACUUCACAGGGCCUAUGAUGGUGAUAACACAGAAGAUCACCAGUUUGGCGUUUGAAAUACAUGAUGGAAUGUGCCGGAAAGAGGAGCAGCUGACCACAAAUCAGAAGGUCCUGGCUAUAAGGAGGAUGCCCAGUCUGCUGGAGUACUUCAGCUAUAACUGUAACUUUAUGGGAAUACUGGCUGGCCCCACCUCCUCCUACAACGAUUACAUCGCCUUCAUCGAGGGCACGCCUUGCCGUCGCAGUAAAGACCACCAGACCAAUGGGAAGACCAACGGCAGACACAAACAGACUGACCCCUCCCCAAACAUUGAAGUGGUCCGUAAACUGGCCACCUGUUUCUUCUCCCUCAUGGUUUUCCUCUCGGUCUGUAAAGUGUUCCCUGUGGAACGGAACAUCGACGACGACUUCAUCGCCACCACGCCCUUCUACGCCCAGGUGGUCUACCUCUACCUGUCCAUGCUGACCACCAGGCCCAAGUACUACUUCGUCUGGACGCUGGCUGAUGCCAUCAACAACGCAGCAGGAUUUGGAUUCAAUGGAUACAACAGUGACGGCUCACCACGUUGGGAUCUCAUCUCCAAUCUGAGGAUAAUGGAUAUUGAGUUUGCCACCAGCUUCAAGAUGUUCCUUGACAAUUGGAAUAUACAGACGGCACAUUGGCUCAAAAGGGUGUGUUACGAGCGCUGUCCCUACAACCCCACAGCGGCUACCUUCAUUCUGUCAGCCAUGUGGCACGGAGCCUACCCUGGAUACUACCUCACCUUCCUCACUGGCAUCGUGGUCACACUGGCUGCACGUGCCAUGAGACACAACGUGAGGCCCUACUUCCUGGGCUCACCUUCACACAAGCUACUGUAUGAUGGGAUCACGUGGGCUGGCACCCAGAUUGCCAUUUGUUACACUGUGGUGCCUUUUGUGCUGCUGUCUGUCGGACCCUCUAUGAAGUUCUACAGGUCCUGGUACUUCAGUGUCCACAUCGGCUGUGUUCUCCUGGCCGUAGCACUGCCAGUCAAGCCCCGACACCUGCGCCUGAAGGAGGCUCCCGUCCUCUCCCACCAGGACUCCACCUCCACAGAUGGCCACUGCAACCAGAAGACCAAAGCCACAUGAAGCAGAUUCAGUGACCAGCAAAGGUGCACACACACAGAGACUAGCACCAAGGACUGCAGGGACUGUCCAACACAUUAUUAGAGAGAGAGACUGUCCAACACAUUAUUAGAGAGAGAGACUGUCCAACACAUUAUUAGAGAGAGAGACUGUCCAACACAUUAUUAGAGAGAGAGACUGUCCAGGCUGUGUUUUGGAGUCGGACGACGAUUCUCAUUUGUUCACGUGAGAAGGGAUGGAUGGACUGAAAGCUUUGGGAUUUACCUAUUUAGUGCACUACUUUUGACCAGAGCCCUAUGGGUCCUGGUCAAAAGUAGUGCACUAGAAAGUGAAUAGGGUGCCAAUAAAAUUUGAUUUGGAAUGCAGCCCCUACUUUAUUAUGAGGACUAUUGGCUGUGGCUCAGUGGGAUGGAAGGGUCCCGAAUCGAUGAUGAAAUGCCAGUAUUGUACUGUUACUGUAUUAUGGGAGUAUGCAAACUUGCCUUAUAACCCUUGUCUCUUUCUCCACCCAGUUUUUUUUUUAGCUUUUGUGUAUCCCCCUCAAAUUGGAUAUUAUUGUGUGUGCGGUGUUUCUUACUCAAGGUGAACAGGUUUUAGGAUCAGAGAGUGGAGUGGUUUAAGUUAAUGGUGUUAUUGUCCAGGUAAAAAGCAAAGAUACAGGAAAUUAGGACACAAGAACUAAAAGAGAAGGAAAACAAGAUAGUGUCCUUGGUCUUUUUACAAAAUAUGUAGGGUGUCCAACCACUCUGCCCAGACGUGGGUGAAAAAAAAACACUCUUUGGUGAUGAAAUUUCACUUCCUUAUGUUAUUAAAUACAUUUUACCAAUA